UAAGAGGCGCACGCACGAUGGCAGCGGUGGAGUUUAAAUAAAAUGCUCACGAAUUUCAGAGGAACCUGUUUUAUUGUCAUUUCAUGUUUAUCGUCGCCGGACCGUGGGGUUAGAUGGAAGCGCAGCGCUCCGAAACAGAGGUUCGGCUGGAGGUGAACCGAUGUAUCCGGACCAUCUCUACAUCACGCGAUGCGGUGGAGGUGGUUGCGAGUCUUCGCACCCUGGCCGGCUACUUGCCCGAUGGACCCCACGCUCGCGCCUCUGCCAGCGAGAGGGAGGAAUUCGACCGAGCACACUACACCAUGGUCCUGAAGGUUCUCGUUGGGGGUCUCCACGCUGACUGGCGGCAGCGUCUUACCUCCGCUGAGCACACGGAGCUGUGGGGUGCAUUCUUCCUCCAAGGUCCCCCAGACCAGGCUCUGCUGGUCAUUAUGGACUGCAUUGGCACUAUUGGCCAGAGUUCAGGCCAGGACAAGAUGGUGGACAUCCUCGAGUUGUACCUUCAGAAUGGCCGUGUGGGGGCUUUGUUGUGGUCUCGGUGCCAAGGACCUGGGUCCCCGGACUCCCCUCAACUCAGAGAAACCCUCCUGGGACGCAUGGUGUCUCUGCCUGACUUAAUGGCAAACCGCCUGUACCCGCACAACAGACCACUGUUCCUUUCUGCGCAAUAUUAUUCCUUGCUGGCCCAGGAGUUUAAGUUUGCCUUAGAUAAGACUUGCAAAGCUUUGAAAGAUGGACAGGACUGUUCUUUGAGGUUUGUCGCACAGCUCCUGGGGAAGACCUGUGUGCAGGGACACAGUGAGCACCUCUUUAAAGAUCUAGUACCCCACCUCUCUGCUAGCACACGCUCAGACAUGGUGUGGCAGAGGGUGUGCUGGCGGCUGAUGGAGGACAUUCCGGAUCGUUGGAUGGAGAGUGUGGUCACCGGAUUGGUGCAAGUUGUGACUGGACCUGCGGCACUUGCCAGGAUUUUGGGUAAUUUGGUAGUGAAAAACAAGAAGUCCCAGUUUGUCCUCACUCACAAGCUCCUUUUGCUGCAGUAUAAAUAUGAGACCUGUGUGUUGCGGACGCUGCUGGGAUAUCUGGCACAGGACAGGGAACGCCGCCCCCUGCUCAUUCAGGUGCUGCGGGCACUGUGCCAGGCCUGGUCGAGUAGCAGCUCGGUUCGACAUACUCCUGUGGAGCAGCAGCUCUACCUGAGCCGGGCGCUGCUGCUGUGCGUGAGCCUUCUGAGCGAAGCGGAGCUGCAGGAGUUGCGCGCAGAGCUGAUGCAGUGCAUGCUGGGAGGGAUGCAGUGCCACCUGGACAGCAACGUAGUGAGGAUACGGCGGAUAGGUAUGGUGGUGGGCGAGUGUCUGAGCUCCCGACUCAACACCCAAGAGGCCAGACUCAAAUUCGAGUAUGAACAGGAUGAGGAGACUAAAGAGCUGGUCUCCAUGAUGGACCCCUUUCCUCCUGAAGAUGCAGUACUUACUGACAGAUUGGACACACUCCAGAUUAGCCACUGCUCCAAGGACAAAGAGAUGGGUUCUCCUGAAGAACCUGUCACACUGACAAGCCACUUGGAAAGCCAGGGGCCACCAGCGGACAAGGGCUCAGACUCCGAGCUGGACAGUGAUGAUGAACUGACUCCUUACGACAUGUCGGAUGAUCGAGAAAUGACCAAAUCGGCUCCCCCUCGCUACAUCAGAGACUGCCUGGAGGGCCUCAUCUUCUCCGAGGAUCCGACACGGGUGGAGCUCAGUCUCCAGGCCGCCGAGGGUCUGGUGCGCAAGAACCCCUCAGCGGCCAGAGAGGUGAGCGUGGAGCUGACCAAAGUGCUCCUCCAUCUCGAAGACAAGUACAGCACACCCAGCUUCUUGGCCCUGAGGCAGGCUGCUAUGGUGGCCCUUGCUGUGGUGGACAGCAUCCCGGUCGCUGAGUACUUGACCACCGAGUUCUACUCCGUGAACUACAGUCUGCGGCAGCGCAUGGACAUUCUGGAGGUCCUUGCCCUGUCAGCCCAAGAGCUGUCCAAGCCGAUCGCGGAGCAAGGCCGGCCCUCUCUUCCCCCUUCAGCUGCGGUGACGCUCGUUGACCCACAGUCCGUGCCCUCGAACUGGCGACAGGUCGUGGAGCAGCGCAUUCAGAGCAAGACGCGGCGAUUUGGCAAAAGUGGCGCUCCGGCGCCUGUGACGGCCACUCCAAACCGUUACGCUUCCGUUGCUGGAUUCUUCUUCUUCCCUCUGCUGCAGAGCUAUGACAGACCACAGGUGACCUUUGACCUGUUGGGAAGUGAUCACCUGGUACUGGGGAGGUUGGUCCACACACUGGGGCUCCUAAUGCACCUGGCUGUAAAUGCCCCGGUGGCCACUCAGAUGGGCAGAAGUCUGCUGGACUUUGUGUGGGCUAUACGCUACCAUACGGACCAGGUGGUGCGCCAGGGUGUCCUUUUCUCCGUCUGUGCAGUGUUUCUGAGCAUGCCCGGUCAGUGCCUGUUGGCGGAGCUCAGUGACCACCUGCUGGAGACCAGGGCCUGGCUGGCAGCCCACUUCCCGACAGACCACUUCUGAACACUUAGUAGUGAGUAGAGUAGUGCAAAAAUAAUACGCAUUAAUUAGUGCUAUUAAUAACACAGGUUAAAAUAAAUAUGGGGAAAAAAGACAGAAACCAAGAGAUGAGUAGAAACAAAACUCCUAAAGCUGCAAAGGGGAGGAAAGAAACCUCUGGGAGUCUAAGGCCACCUGACUAAACGCCCCCCGCCAGGCUUGUUAGUAUGUGUAACCAGGUGAUCUUUAGUAGGAGAGGCAGAAGAAACACAGAGUUUGGACUUCAGCCUGGGUGUUUUGAUGGCCAGUGGAAUCUGAGGAAAAGUAAUCCAUAUGGUCAUUACAAUUAAGUCUGUUAGAUGGCAAGAAAAACAACAGUCAUAUCCUUGCAGUUGAAGGAUUUGAGUCCCACCUUCUGCUGUGUUACUCUUGACCAAGUUACGUAGCCAGAAUUGAGAGUAGAAAAUUAAAACUUACUGUAACUACUGUAAAUUCUGACAAAUCACACAAUAAUACAGAUGCGGAGAUGUACUUGAAGACGUACAGCACCUAAAUAAAAUUCAAAAAGAAUCCCCCCCCCAAUUUAGAUUAAGAUUUAGUAUGUCACUUACUUGACUUUUUUUUUUUUUUAUAAAUACACUGAAGCAGCAUUCUAUUAUAAUGAUUGGGGCUCUUAGAAGGGUUGGAAUCAGGUGCCUUUGAUAGGGCCGUCACGUAUGUUGGAUCGUGGUGUCGGCUGUUCCGGAGCGUGAGCAGUUCUGCAGCGCUGCUCUUGACAGGUGACUGAAGGCAACUUCCAGGUACCAGGGAGCACAGUGCUCACUACAGAGGGCCCCCAACACCUGCAACCCGCUGCCGUGGGCUGUUCCCGUCAGCAGGAAUGUGCGUCAGCCAGGGACGUCCUGGCCUCCAAGCAGACGGGGGACAGCGCAGCUGGAGGGGCAGAUUUUUCUGGGAAGCGAAGCGCAGGAAGCAGAGAGGAUUUCAGGAUUUCCCGGCCGGUGCAGACAGUCCGGGUGACGUGCUUGCUCAGCUGCCGCUCUAUUUUCUUCGCUCCUGCUGCGUGUCCCUCACAGCGGCAUCCCGCCGUCUCAGCACAUUCUAGUAGCCCUGUCAAUGAAGGUCUUUAUGUUGCGCCGUACUGAGUCUGCAUUCGGGCACAGCUCUCCUUAGAGUCAGGAAUAUUGUUUUAUUGCAUCCUUUAAUCCUAAGGAAGUUAGUUUUAUUUGUACAGCUUUUUAAAUUAAUGAAAGGCAUUACACCAGGGCCCUCUUGGGACUUCAGCUGCCAGACUACAUUUACAUUUAUUCUUUUAUCUGACACUUUUCUCCAAAGCGACUUAC